AUGAAGUUCACUGCUUUGUUCGCUCUCGGCCUCGCCUCCGCUGCCCUGGCCACCCCUACCAAGGUUGCUCGCGAGCCCUCUCUCAUUGAGCGUGACAGCUCGCCCACCAGCGUGCUUGCUGCCAUCAGUGCCAAGGUCUCUGAUCUCGCCUCCGCUGUUUCCGCCUAUAGCGGUGGUGACCCCUCUGCCGUUCAGUCCGCCUCUGAUGCUGUUAUCACCGUCACCAACUCUGGUGUCGCCACCAUCAAGAGCGGUGCUGACCUUACCAACGCUGAUGCCCUGGCCCUGACCAGCCCCGUCCAGGACCUGACCACUCAGAUCAAGGGUGUCGUCUCUGACCUCAUCGACAAGAAGUCCAAGUUUGAGGCUGCCUGCGCCGCCGGCCAGGUCCUCACUUCCCUCAACGACCAGUACACUGCUGCCUCUAAUCUCGCCAAGGUCCUGUCCGCUAAGGUCCCCUCUGCUCUCUCCAGCAUUGCUGAGGAACUCUCCUCUGGCAUCACCGCUGGUAUCCAGAAGGGUAUUGAUGCCUACAAGGGUGCUUCUGACUCUGGCUGCUCCACCUCCACCUCCACAGCCUCUGCCUCUGGAACCGCUACCACUGAAAGCGAGACCGCCACGAGCACUACCGGAAGUGCUACCACUACCGCUACCACCAGCUCUUCUCCUGUUAUCCCCACCGGCAGCUCUAGCGCCUCUGGCUCUUCCAACCCUACUAGCACCCCCACUGGCAGCUCUACCUCUUCUGCAGCUUCUUCCUCCUUCACUGGCGCUGCCAACAAGGAGCGUUUCAGCUAUGCUGCCGGUGCUCUUGCUGCCGUUGUUGUUGCCGUUGCCAUCUAA